AUGGAUGCUGAAAUGGCGAUGGAGCUUGUGAAGCAUGGCCUGACGCUUCUCUUCCUCGACGUUCCUCAGCAUACCCUCAUCGGCAUUGAUACUCAGAUGUUUUCAGUUGGCCCUGACUUUAAAGGCAUAAAGAUGAUUCCUCCUGGUCCUCACUUUGUGUACUAUAGCUCAUCCACCAGAGAUGGCAAGGAAUUCUCACCAAUUAUUGGGUUUUUUGUUGAUGCUGGACCAUCUGAGGUAAUUGUUCGCAAGUGGGAUCAACAAGAGGAACGAUUAGUCAAAGUGCCAGAAGAAGAGGAAGAGAGAUAUUGCCAAGCAGUUCGAAGUUUGGAGUUUGAUAGACAUCUUGGUCCUUAUAAUCUAAGCCAGUACGGAGAUUGGAAACAACUAUCUAAUUACAUUACAAAGAGCAUCAUUCAACGGAUUGAACCCAUUGGAGGAGAAAUUACUGUUGCAUCUGAAUCUACAAUGCGUGUAAACACUCCUAGCACAAUGAUGGAGAAAGCUCUAGAUGAGCAGUUGAAUGCUAGUAGGUGCUCAACACCCAGUGACAAGUCUCAGACAAGAGGAUGUUACUACACAUCAAUUCCCCGUGUUAUCAAACGAAAGGGAAUCCAUGGCCAACAACUUACUUCUUUGAAUCUUGACAAGAUGGGGCAAUCACUUGAAGCAUUUCUACAGUGGAAAUCCUUGGUCAGUCUUUUAUUUGGAUGCACUGAAGCUCCUUUCCAUACAAGAAGUCGGCUAUUUGCAAAGUUUAUUAGAGUCAUCUACUAUCAAUUGAAACAAGGACUUCAGAAAGAUUGCACAGACACAAACAGUGGAUCAACCUUGCUAGAUGAUUCAUGGUUUUCUGCUGAUAGUUUUUUGCACCGUCUUUUCAAGGAUUUUUUUUUGCUGGUGCAAGAUGCCUCAGUUGUUGAUGGAGAUCUUCUAUCAUGGACAAGGAAACUCAAGGAGUUGCUUGAAAACAAUCUUGGAUGGGAAUUCCAGCGAAACAGUGCAGUUGAUGGGAUGUACUUUGAAGAUGAUGACGAGUUCGCUCCUGUGGUUGAGAUGUUGGAUGACCCGAGUUCUAGUGUGGCGUCAUCAGUUUAA